AGCCCCGAGGAUCCAGCUAUCUCAAUCAUAACAACUCUGACUGCACCAAGAAUGAUCGGCUCACUGUAUUUCUUAGCUCUGCUGAGCUCCACGUUGGCCUGGGGGCGUGUAGGCCUGUGGAGCGAAGGGAAUGCGAGGAAUGGGACAGGAGGUGAAAGCGGGGACAGGUGCACUUGUGAUGCCUUCUUGCCCAGUACUACCUUUCCUGUUAGAGACCUGGUGGUUGUGGAGCAGACGGCAGGGGAGAUCACACACAAACUGGAGCUGGAGAUGGGCAAGCUGGAGGACUACGAGACCAAACUGACAGCAUACUCAGAAAAGAUAAUAAGGCUGACGGCAGAAAUAGAAAUAAUGGAGAAGAAACCCGAUGCCUACAACGAUGCCGACAUGGAUGAGAUGAAGGUGAAGAUCAAACAAGUGGAGGCUCUGAUCAAAGAGCUGCAGCUCUCCAUCAAAGGCUCCACCACUGUCUUCGAGUCUUUGCGCGUAGAGAUCACAGUCAUGGUGGAGACCCUGAACAAGCUGGAGAAGGUCUAUGACAAGAAUCUGGUUCUGGCGACACGUCGGGAGUACAUCAAGGUGCAGCUGCAGCUAGAGGAGUGCGAGAGACGCCACCAGGAGCUUUUCAACCCCAACAUUGGUUCUUGUGCACACACAGGCAUCAUCAAGGUCAGCAAGCCCAUUGUGAGCCAGCUGAACGCCCAUCUCAACGCUGAAUACAAAUAUGGAGCCUGGGGAAAAGAUUCGAAGCCUGUCCCUGACAGAGAGUCCAUGUACUGGUACUCCGGGUACACCAGUGGCUCCAUUGUUGACGUUAAGUUCUACACUAACUAUAAGAACCUCAUUUUGAGAAACCACUUCCAGCAUCACAACUUACACAGCAGCUGGUAUGGCACAGGGAACAAUUUUGUAAUCCGCGAUAACACACUGUAUUAUCAGAUCAACAGCCCGUUCGGGUUGGCCAAACUGAAUUUCACCACCAUGAAAUAUGAGUCCAGGGUGAUUCCUAGGGCUAGCACCAGGUUCUCUUACACCAACUCCCCCAAUCAGAACUUUGACUUUGCUGCUGAUGAGAGCGGCCUGUGGGUGACCUACGCCACAGAGGAGUCCAGUGGCCGGAUGGUAAUUGCUAAAAUAAACGAGCCAUCUUUUGGGGUUGAGGAGGAAUGGCAGACUAGUGUCUAUAAGCCAGGGGUGAGCAAUGCCUUCAUGGUGUGUGGCGUUCUGUAUGCAGUCAGAACAAUUGAUAUCCAAACUGAAGAGAUCUUUUACAAGUAUGACACCAACACCAAAAAAGAGAGCUACAUCAACAUUCCCUUUGAGAGGUUCCAGGAUAAGUUUUCCAACCUGGACUACAAUCCCACUGACCAGAAGCUCUACAUGUACAAUGAUGGCUACUAUGUUAACUACCAUCUGUGGUUCAACCACACAGUUACAGCCACGGUGGAACCACCAUUUCUCCUUUCCUAAAAUGUCAUCUGUGAUUUAAUGAAGUAUCACACACAUUUAUGAAUGAAACAAUGAUUGUAUCUCUCUUUUUCCCUUGUAGUUCAUGUAGCGCAUCCUUAUUCUUGAUCGCCAAUAAAUUAUCUCAAGCAUCGAAAAA